AUGUUCUUCUGCCUACUCAUUCUCGUAACGAGCGCUGCCAUUUCCGCCAAGGCAAUGUCAAUACAGCCUAAGAUCCGAUCCAAUCUCACCGAUAUCGCAUUUAUCAAACCUGGAUACACCCAGACGUUUCUAGACGACUUCGAGGGCCCAAGUGGCUCGCUUGUAUCCGAUUCAGACUGGAUUGUCCAACUCGGAACUUCAUACCCUGGAGGACCAUCACGAUGGGGUAACAACGAAUUCCAGAGUUACUCAGACUCGGUAGACAACAUUCGCAUCACGGACGACAAUACAUUGACAAUCACUCCCCGCCUCGACUCUGGAUCAUGGACCUCAGCUCGCAUCGAGACUCAAAACUCUUUCGCCGCUGCUCCUGGAGGAAAAUUGUUGAUCGAAGCUCGUAUCAAGCUCGGCACAGCUCCAGCCUCUCAACAAAAAGGAAUCUGGAAUGCGUUCUGGGCGAUCGGGAAAGACUUCAGAGGAAAUUAUUGGAACUGGCCAGCUGUGACAGAAUGGGAUAUUCUCGAAGUCAUCAACGGCGAAUCGGUCAUUCAUACGACUGCACAUUGUGGCACGACUCCCGGCGGACCGUGCAACGAAAAUAAUGGGAUCGGAGGUCGUAUCGCUCCUUUCUCUAGAGGAGCAUUUCAUACCGUAAGCCUCUUGGUUGAUAGAACUGUGACUGAUGCGGCUGGUCAAGUGAACUGGAAGACAGAGUCAAUAACGUGGUCACUGGACGGAAAAGAUAUCUUUGUGCUUACUGGUACAAGAGUUGGAAACAAAGCGGCUUGGGAGAAGUUAGCUUAUGAUGAGCAUUUUAUUUUGUUGAACGUUGCGGUUGGUGGGAAUUGGCCAGGUCCUCCGAAUGCGCAAACUGUGGAUGGACCAGAUGUUGCAAUGGAAGUUGAUUAUGUAGGUGUUUGGAACUCAAUCUGA